AGUCGAUUGCAUUUACGACUUAAUUAGAAAUUAGGCGUUACAUGGAAAUGUCGAAGAUACCAUUCAAGAAUGAUGGGAGUUUUAUGGAAUUGUUCAAGCAAAUGCAAGCUGAACAAGAAAGAGUAUCUAUUGAGAAGCCUGUUAUUCCGAAUGUAGUAAAGGUAGAAAAUACGGAUGAAUUUGACAGCAAACAAUGCAAAACGGAGAGUGAAACAGUUAUUCCCGAUGAUUCAAAGGUUUUGGUGGCAAUCGAAUCGUUGGUCCUACGUGUUUCUGGUAUGUCCCAUAGUCUUUGCGAGGCAGAAAUAAAGAAGUUUGAGGAUAGCAUACAGUAUUGGUUCCUGACGCUUCCAGAGACUAAUGAAUACAAAUUCUUUAGAAAAAGAUUGGCUGAUGUUCGUAAGCAAAGAACGCUCAGUAGUACAGUCAAACCUGAAACUGUAGAUAUUUGCAAAUCAGAAAAUGAUGAAUUUAUCCCCAACAAACGACGUCGCUCCAGAUGGGACGAAAAAGCCAAUGAACCUAAAAUAAAUGGAUCAGUAAAAGAUUUCCCGGAUGGGUCUUUGGCUUCUGCGAUCGCACUAGCAAAAGCUGCUGCAGCUGCUGCAAAAACUCAAGGAACUACUUCUAAUCCAAAUCAGUUCACAGGCGGUGUUGUACUUACACCUGAGCAAGCUGAACAGAUACGUUAUCAAAAGGAACUUCAAGCUAUGCAAGAGUUUAUUUUAGCACAAAAACGAUCAAAGUCUAAAGAGGAAGAACUUAUGAAUCGAAUUGAGGGUGUAAAUUAUGGAAAUAAAACAAGAAUUACAAAGGAUGGUUUAGUUAUCAAAUAUGAGUAUGAUUCCGAUGAGGAUUGUGAAAAUGGAACAUGGGAGCAUAAAUUAAGACAAGCAGAAAUGGAAGCAACCCGAGAAUGGGCUCAGAAAUUAACUGAAAUGGGUCAUGGAAAACAUCAUAUUGGAGACUUUCUACCACCGGACGAAUUAGAGCGUUUCAUGGAAACUUUCCGUGCAUUGAAAGAAGGUCGGGAACCGGAUUUUUCUGAAUACAAACAGUUCAAGUUAACUUGUGAAAAUGUCGGUUUUCAAAUGUUAGAAAAGAUGGGUUGGAAAGAAGGUGAAGGACUUGGCAUUGAUGGUCAAGGUAUUGUUAAUCCAGUCAAUAAGGGGAAUGUCCAUGUUGACGGUGUAGGACUAGGAAUUGAUCGUCCUUCCAAAUUAAUAAAAGAAGAUGAUGAGUACGAUGCAUACAGGAAACGUAUGAUGUUAGCUUAUCGGUUUCGACCAAAUCCUUUGAACAAUCCUCGACGAGACUACUAUUAAUAGUGAUAAGGCAAUGUUAAUGUUGAUCAUAUUUGUUCCACAACUAAAUAGUGGAGAGAAAACUUGAUCAGUCUGUGAUUUGGAACCAUCGCUAAUAUUAUAAUUAUGGUUAUUAUCAUUAUACGCAUAAAGGUUUCUAUUCAUUAUCUGUCAGUAUGAAGACUUGUAUAAUUUUAUGGAACCGUGUAUUUAAACCGUUGAUUUUCUUUUACAUGUGUAUAUGUAAUGUCAACUGCCAUAUAAAAUAUAUAAAUACUUUUUUGUGUA